AGGCAUAAGGAUAUGCAAAGACCAAACCCUUGUGCUGGAGUAUCACUGCCAACGCUGUUACACACAGAAUCCUACAUCCAGGACUGGAGUGCAGGGUGUAAAGGAUCCGGGUUUAGUUUCCUUGCAUUGACAGAAAAAAGAAAAGAAAAGAAGCUUCAUCAACAGCUUGAUCAUCAGAGCCCAGCAAAGUCAGCAGCCAUCAAUCCGCACAGGAAUGGUGGAUCACUUGCCACUUGGUGAGGAGACCUUCCUGUAUUAUUCCUGCUCUCCAGGGUCUAACUACACUUGCGCCUCUUGCCACGCCAGGGGUGGUGUUUCGCAGGGCAUCAUGGUAACGGAUGCAUGCACCUAUCAGCACCACCCUUACCAGGGGCUGACGCUCUCCUCCUCACCUUGCCUCUCUGAAGAUGACCUCAGUGACUAUUCCAGUCCACGCUCAUCCCUCUGCUCCAGCCCCGAGUUUACAUCAUCAGCAUCAUUGAACAUCCUCUGCUCUAGCUCUGAAAGCAGGAGCAGCAGGAGCAGUGGGUGCUCCAACUCAUCAAGUGGAGAGAAUCAAGAGAGUCUGUUGGAUCUCCUUCUAUCACAGGCCUCCCUUACCACCUCAUUGAGUUCCAGUAGUGGCAACAUUUCUGUCUCCUCUUCUCAUUCCUUCUCUUCCCCAGCCUCCUCUACCUCCUCAACUCCAACAUCCCCCUUUUUGCCCAUGGGCCUAGCAUUGGAACCCAAGAGGGACCAGCGACUUUGUGCCCAGCAGCAGCUGGCCAAAGAGGAGUGUUUCGAGUUUCCAGUUUUCCUUGAUGAGCUGAAUGAUCCUGAAUCACUCCUCUUUCAGCCAACUCUAGAGGAGAUUGAGGAGUUCUUAGAAGAGAACAUGACUGUGGCAUUGGAGAAGAAAGAGAAUGGAAGCGAUGAAGAAAUGUCACCUCCCAUGUCUAUGUCAUAUGACAUUGAGCCAGAGGGUUCAAUGACACUUGCAGCAGAACUUGAAUCAACAUCGCAGAACUCAGAUCAGACUGUGCCUGUGGCCUCCAGUUCAGAGACCAAGCAUGCAGCAUACGCAUCAGAUACAGACAGCUCAUCAGUGACAGAGGGUGAUAGCUGUGUAACUACUGACAGUUAUGUUGAUGGGAUCAAGCUGGAGGACUGCAGAUCAGUGACACCUUUAUCAGAAAGUGCUACCAUUGCCUCAAGUGUGCCUGUCAUCCUCCAAAUCCAGCCAAUACAGGUCAAACGAGAACCAAAUUCCAGUGCCGUAUCAGACAUUGCCCCCCAUCAGUCUCAGAAAACCCAUUCCCAACCAACUGAAUCCCCAUCAUCUAUCAAAAUUGCCCAGCUCUUGGUCAACAUCCAGGGGCAGACAUUUGCUUUAGUGCCUCAGUUGCUUUCCCCUGCAACAGCUAACUCAGGCAAAACAGGGGGCACUGCUCCGUCCAAAUUCGUCCGGAUUGCACCCGUUCCCAUUGCAGCCAAACCCAAUGGGCUUGGGGAAGAGGGAUUAGGUCUAGGUGGUUCAGCGGUGGGUGUCCUUGCUGGAGGUCAACGGUACCAGAAGAGCACAGUAUCAGACCUCAUUAAAAUGCACAAGUGCUCAUUUCCUGGCUGUAACAAGAUGUACACCAAGAGCAGCCACCUCAAAGCACAUCUGAGAAGACACACAGGGGAGAAACCCUUUGCAUGCACGUGGCCUGGCUGUGGAUGGAGGUUCUCCCGGUCUGACGAGCUUUCCAGACACCGCCGCUCCCACUCUGGGGUGAAGCCAUACCAGUGCAUUGUCUGCGAGAAGAAGUUUGCCCGCAGUGAUCACCUGUCGAAACACCUCAAAGUUCAUCGAUUUCCACGAAGCAGCAGGACAGGACGCUCUGUAAACGGACCUCUCUGACCUCUGCUGUGAUGGAGUGGCGCUGAGCAGAGGAGAAGAAUGGGAGGGGUGAAUGUCUGUAACGAAAGACUGAGUAGGACAGUCAAAACACCCUUAAAAGGACUCUGUAAAGGGCUGCAGGUGCAUGUGACGCACAUUCUUGGUACUGUGAUAAUUUAUUGGGUGAUAAGGAGAAGACUAGAAAAAAAAAAAAACAGGAAACUGUUACAGGUGUCACAGGUGGAAUAAGCUUUCCUUAUAUAGCAAUUUUAUUCUCAAAUCUUUUAGCUAAUCUAUUUUGAAGACAAAUUUGCUAUCUUUUCACUUUAAGGUGCAUCCUAUGAACAGAACAUUCAUAUCAAUCCAUUUUAUCUCAAUAUGGGAUUUACUAGUUUUAAAUCCCUCUUUUUUACCUUUCUGGAUCCAACAGUAAAAAAAAAAAAAAAAAAAAACAUUGUCUAAUAGCAUGAAUUUGGAGCAUAAAAGUGACAUAUGAUAACAGAGUAGGUUAUUGAGGCCUUGAUCUCUUUCUCAAGGGUCUCAAAGUAACAAAUGCAUCAACAUUCCUUAAGCUUUGAAAAGGUUUCUUCGACGCCCCUGAGUUUCAAAAGUGGAAAGAAUAUUGUAGGAGCUGCAAACAAGAACAAAGCUCAGUUUCAUGUUGAUUUACUGUUCACCAUCAUAGAUCACCAUACUGUGUAAUUAGCACUAGCACACAUACAAUUUUCAGUGUUCUGUCCCAGUGGAGAGUCUCUGAGUAUGUUGUGCUGUUUUACUGCGGUCUGAGUCACUUUUCAUUUUGAUUCAUCUCAAAAGAUUGUCUAUCAGAUUAAAAUCCGUUUUUAUGGGCUACUGUGAAUUGAAGCUAAAGCUAAUGAUGGAUCCAAAUGAUCCUGAGUUCUCAUUACAACUUCUGAUUUAUGAAUUUGUGAUAAUAUCUUGUGAAAUAACUGUAGACCUAAUCUGAA